AUGGCAAGUUUACUACUAGCUAUUGAUUUUAAUUCAUUUGCUGAUCCUGAUAUACAGAUGUACCAAAAAAUCAGGUUUAAGCUGAUCACUGCUUGGUUUAAUCUUUUCACUUUUAUCUACUUCCCUAUUUGCUUCUACUGUGACUGGCGUAAUUUGAGAGAGGAGCAUGAGAUGAAACACGUUAAAGUCCUCAAUCAACUUAGAUACUUGUGUUUCACAAGCUUCCUUCUACCGGCCACUGCGGACGCCCACAGGCCGGGGGGAGUGACAAUCUGCGCAAGAUGGCUGGCAGGAGCUGGAUGCGAGAAGCCAAAAAUUGAUUUCGGUGACAUUUUAUUCUGGCGAGUGUGGAACUCUCAUCGGGAGUUAAUCGCGCCCCUAAGCGUCUACGCAGUCGUUCCUUUCUGGACACAACACUCUAUGCACACGGUGUCUCUUAUCAUAGUACUUAUAGACCUUGUCCUCGUCAAGAGAGAGAGGCCUAAGAACUCCAUACUGAAUAUAGGAAUACUGUCAUGUUUUCUUCUAACUUACAUUUUAGUAUGUGUUCAAAGUUUCCUGAAAGGAGAAUACAUUUAUCCCGGUCUGAAGUUAUUUACGGGACACAAAUUCCUAGUACUAGUCAUAUAUUUUAUCGUUGAAAACUUUUUUUACUAUACUAGUGCACCCUGCGCUUGGCAGGAGCGCAAAGGAACAUGUGUCAGCAUUUACAAAUGCUUGAGCGCUAUAAUAGACGCAAAAAAUAAGGAUCCUCCACCAAUGUGUUCAUAUGAAGAAGGUCAGAUACCAUCAGUUUGUUGUACAGAUUGCAAUCUAAUAAAAGAUAUCAGAAAUUUAGUCUUUGAUAAAAGACUAGGUAUACAUCCGAAACCAAAAGAGAAGUCUCAAUAUUACUGUCUCAAAAUGUUACAUGAAUUGGAUUUUCCUUGCAAAAGACGCACGAAUGUGUCGUACUACAAGGUUACCACCCAACAAGAUUAUUACAACUGCAGUACUCUCAGGCGUCUAACAAAAAAUAGGAAAAACUUCUACACUCGUUAUACUUGGAAAGAAGAACUAACUCACCUUGCAAUGCUAGGCUAUGGGACGACGGAGUCGGGUCUACAAUGGUUAUGCGGAGGCUCACUCAUCAGUGAACAUUUCGUCCUCACAGCAGCGCAUUGCACCCAUAAUCCUUACUUUGGCAUUGUGUCGCACAUUGGCUUGGGGGAGCGUACUGGCUCAUUUGAACACUGGCAUCAGUACAGAGUGUCAAACAUCUUCAUCUAUCCGAAAUUCAAGGCGCCCUUUAUGUACCACGAUAUCGCAUUGUUAAGGAGUGAGAUAAAAAUUUUAUUCCACUUUUGGGUUGUGCCUGGCUGCUUACCCCAUGACAGUGAUUUAAAAAACUCAACUGCUAUGGCGACUGCUAUUGGCAAUUAUACAACCCCACGAUCUAACUUACUUGGUUCAUACUAUGUGCAGUUAGAAAGAUUUAGCACAAAUGACUGCAAGUUGCUUUACCCUCCCAGCAGGGAGUUGCCACACGGAUUUAACGAAACCACUCAAAUUUGCUAUGGAUAUAAAAAUAGGUUAAAUAUGCCUUGCGGUACUGAUGGUGGAGCUCCUCUGCAACGGGCACAUGCAAAAUACCCUUGCGGUUUCAGCAUAAUUGGUAUAACAUCAUUUGAAAGAAGUUGCAGAUAUAAAGUGGGCUUUGGACUAUAUACUAAUGUGUCUUACUAUAAUUCUUGGAUAGAAAGCGUGGUGUGGCCCUGA